AUGAGGCUUGCCACUCAUCUGAUAGAGACUGCUACAAAAUUGGACAGACUUGUGAUCCAAUUUGACAAAGUCUGUCCAAAAGUAACAGAAGAAGAUGCCAAAAGAAAGCUAUUAUCGGUGCCAAAGGCUUCCAUCAACGCUGCUAUAGUCUUGAAUCAUGAGAAAGAUCGAUAUUCUCACUCUCCCUCUAAUAAUUUCCAGCUGAAGAAGUCCUGUUUAAUGAUCAUACCGUGGAAUUGCUUGUGUUUGAGCACUGCUUUAGAUCCUAGAAAUGGAUUUGUGCUGUUCAAGAUUGAUGAUAUUUGUAAACUUGCAGAGAAGUUCUAUCCGAAUGAUUUUAUGGAGCAAGAACUAAUACAUCUAAGAAUAGAACUUCAACAUUUUGAGCUCGAUAUUCCAAAUCAUCCUGAAUUGCAAGAAUUAUCUGGUAUUCAUGAGUUAUGUCAAGACAUGGUGAAGACAAGAAAAUCAGUGAUAUAUCCUCCUAUUGACAGAUUGAUUAGACUUGUUCUUACUCUUCCUGUAUCAACUGCAACUAUAGAGCGGGCAUUUUCAAAGCCAGUUGCAGUCAUACUUGCAAGCAGCUUUAAACUAAAGACAAAAAUCCUUGUUUCGGAACAUGCAGGUGAAAAAUCAUUCUAUUGGGUUGGUCCAGUGGCAAAGGUGCUUAUAAUGGACCCUGAACUAAUAAGAGAAAUAUUGACUAAAAAUGUCAUCUUCAAGAAGCCAAUUCCCAACCCACUGGCCAAGUUUCUAGUAGCUGGUUUGGCAGGCUAUGAAGAUGAGAAGUGGGCUAAGCACAGAAAGAUUGUCACCCCAGCUUUCUAUGUGGAGAAGCUCAAGAACAUGCUGCCUAAAAUGUACUUUUGCUGCAAUGAAAUGAUAAGGAAGUGGGAAACUCUAUUAGCAGAAAAGAGUUGUUUGGAGUUGGAUGUGCAGCCUCAUUUUGAUGAUUUAACCAGCGAUGUGAUUUCAAGAACUACAUUCGGAAACUGCCACGCACAAGGAAGAAAGAUAUUCAAGCUUCAGAAAGAACAAGCAGAAUUAACUGGCCAAGUUUUGAAAUCAGUUUACAUUCCAGGAUGGAGUUUUCUACCAACAAAGAGAAACAAGAGAAUGAAAAAGAUCAACAAUGAACUCCAAGCUCUUUUUCUAGAUAUUAUAAUGGAAAGAGAAAGGGUCAUGAAGCUAGGAAAAGAUGAUGAUGACAACCUGUUGUCUAUGUUAUUGAAAUCCAAUGCAAGAGAAAUUCAAGAGCAAGGAAAAAAGCAUGGUUUGAGUACUGGCGAGGUGAUUGAGGAAUGCAAAACAUUUUACUUUGCUGGCCAAGAAAGUACCUCAAAUCUGCUGGCAUGGACCAUGGUUUUGUUAAGCAUGCACCCACAUUGGCAAGUUCAUGCUAGAGAAGAGAUUUUGCAAGUUUUCGGGAAUAACAAACCAGAUUAUGAUGGCUUAAACCGCCUCAAAAUUGUAACGAUGAUUUUGUACGAAGUUCUGAGGUUGUAUCCACCAUCUAUAAUAUUCUCAAGGACCAUCUACGAAGAAACAAAACUAGGAGAAAUGAGUUUUCCUCCAGGUGUAUUCCUCAUGUUACCUAUAAUCCUACUGCAUCAUGAUCCUCAACUCUGGGGUGAAGACUGCAAAGAAUUCAAACCUGAAAGAUUUUCCCAAGGCAUCGCUAAAGCCACGAAAAAUCAACUUUCAUUCUUUCCUUUCAGCUGGGGUCCUCGAAUUUGCAUCGGUAACAAUUUUGCUUUGAUGGAAGCUAAACUUGCUUUGACAAUGAUACUUCAACAUUUCGAAUUUGAGCUUUCUCCAUCUUAUAUUCAUGCUCCUUGUUUCGUUGUAACCCAUAAACCUCAACAUGGCGCAAAUAUAAUUAUGCGCAAAAUAUAG